AAAAUAAAUUUUAAAAAAUUCUUACCAACAAAUUAUAAAUAAAAUUUUAAAAAUUUUUAAACAAAUCAGAAAAUUCUAAAAAAAAAAUAAACGAAAAAUUUUAACUUUGUUUUUAAAAGAAAGAAAGGCCAUUGACCUACCUGCCUAAGGAGAAAUGGCCAAAACCAAUUGGAUUAAAUUAAGGCUAAAUUAAACAUACACACAUACACUAACAAAUAAUAACAACAAAAAAACUUGUUAUUAAGUUUAAACAAAAAAAGUUAUUUAAAACAGCUAAAGGAUAUUGCAAAAGGGGGGUUUUAAAAUCCAAAAAAAAAGAAAUUUUUUUGAAAGGCUAAAGGGUGUUAAAAAUGAAUGUGAUUUAAACACACAAAAAAAAGUAAAAUUACACAAUUUGCUACAAAAAAAGAGGAAAAAAACCUUUAAAAAAAUUCACACAAAAUGUUUAAAUUUUUUCAAUAAAAAAAGUGUUGCAAGUGAAAAUUUAACAAAAACAGCUAAAUUUUAGAUUAACACACCCGACCCCCCCUCAAAAAAAAAAUUAAACACCUUUAAUACUUAUUGCAAAUCAAAAACAAUCCCCCUCUACCUCCCCCCCUUUUCCAAACUUCUACACACACUCUUUUUUCGUUACACUUCUAUUUGUGGAUUAAAUUUGGCGGGUUUAUUAGCCCCGCUAACCAAAGCCAUCAAAAUUAAGUUCUCAAAGCAAAAUCAUCAUCAUCCGGCAUACCGUCACGCUGAGAACAUCUACGACGGUGGCACUGAUACCGACGACGACGAAUGUCCUUUAGAAUCGUCCAGCAUGAAUCCCUAUGAAUAUGAAACUACGCUCGAUUGUCGUGAUGACACUAGGGCAGUGGGUGGCGGUGGUGGUGGUGUUGUACCAUUAGUGGGUUCAAUGACACCUAGACAUCCACAUAAUAAUGUAACACAACAACAAACAAAUACACUACAUCAUCAGAAUCAACAAAAUUUACAAUUACAACAGCAACAUCAGCAGCAGCAGCAACAACAAAUGCAAGGCGGCGAUUCACAGUCAUCAUAUUAUGAUUAUGAAUAUCAACAUUUACCACAUCGUGGCAAUGAAUCACAGCAACAACAGAAUCCUCCAUCAUCGACAUCAACAGCAGCCCGCACACAUGGUAGACAAGGUAUGUUUUUUCUCCCAUAAAUUUAGUUUACUUAAUUUAUAACAAAUUUCAUGGUGGGGUAAGUUGUAGUAAUUUCCUUAGAAAAAGAAAAGCUAUAAAUAUUUUCCAUUAGGGAAUUGUUUAAAUUUUGCUGUCUCUCUCUCACAUUUAUUUACAUAAUUAAUAGAAAAUGUCCUUCUAAUAAAGCAUGUUGUUAUUUUUAUAAUAAAAGGAAACAAUACACUUAAUGAAAAUCAAGUUGUUUUAUUUUUUUUGGAAAGAAAAGAUUUUGAUUUUUUUGUUUGGGUGUGUUGAGCAACAUGUCCUUCAACACAAACACACACAAUUAUAUACAUAUUUACCCGGGAGAUGUUAUUUUAGUUCUGCUACCACAUGCAGACAUCUAAAUAUUUUAUUUAGAAAAAAAAACCAAAUACAAUUGUAAAUGUUUAACAAACCUCUAAACAUCAGGUAGUAUUUGUUGAAUAAAAAUAUUAAUUUAUUUACCAAAAAUAAAUCUGUAAAAUCUACUAGACAGAAGCUUAUAAAGAUUAUACUACUAAGCACGUUUUUUUUAGUCACCUUAAGCAGUGGUCGGUAUUUGAAAAUUUUUACUUAUUAAGAGCAUUAGGUUUGUUUUAAGAAUUUUUUUUUAAAAAUUAAUGGAAAUUGUAAAAUUUUUUUUAAAUUUUGUAAGAAAAAGGCAUAGUAAACUGUAGGAAAACGCUCUGCUCUUUUAGCCGACCUCUGCUGUUAAUAUAGCUUUAGCAAGUUUAAUCAUUUCUUAAUAUGUUUAACAACUCUCAGCCAUAAAUUUAAACUUAUUUUGCUAUAGAAUUCUAUAAAUUUUCUUUUUUUAUUUAAAAUAUUCAAAGAUUUUAUAUUUCCAGGAAACCCUUAAACGGAAGUGAAAAAAGUAAUAUUUGUUUGUCAAAAAAAAACUGAUUACAUCAAUUUUACAUUAUUUACCUUCAACAAUAUUUGUCAUUUAGUAGAUUUUAUUACCCAUGUAUUUUUUUUUCUCCAUUCGUAUGCCAUUUUCUCCAAACAAAUGAAGUGUUGAUAAGUUUCAAAAUUUUUUUUGAAAAAUUUUCUUUUACCAAGGAGUGUCGCCAUCAUGGUGGUGUCUUUUGUUAUCCUAAUUGUAGCGUAUUAUAUACAUGUUCCUUUUCAUUAUUAUUUAUUAUUGUUAAAUCAACACAGGCCUAGCUGGUGUCUUCUAAAAAAAAACAACCUAAAAAAUAAAUUGGUCAAUCAAUGCUAGACAUCAGGGGAGAUGGGGGGUGAGGGGGUGGUGUAACGUUGAAAUAUUGAAAAGGACUAAAAUUUGUCACUAAUACUAUAGCCAGCAAGAGAGCUUAUGACAGGGUGUGGGAAAAUUUUCUUUUAAUUUGGCACCGUUUGUCAUCAAAUAACAAAUGAUGUUGUGAUUGACACGCUUCCUUAGAUCAAAAGAAAGUAAAAUUUAACAAUUUCUUUUACAUUUCUUUCGUUGCGUUAAGAAGAGGGUUGA